UUAUUAUUGAGUUAUAAAUAUUUUAUUCAAACUUCAUUUGAAAAAAAAAAUAGUUACUUUUUGAUCAAAUUAAGGAUUUGAUUCAUUAAAGAAAAAAAAAAUCCAAGCUUCGAACUUGAAAGUAAUCUGGCAAAACCGGCAACAUUGUAUUUCCGACGAAGAGAGGAAACAGGAAACGAUGUCGUCUCCGGACAUUGCUUCAAUCUUGGAAAACUCGAGGGAACUCGAUCGGUUAAGGAAAGAACAAGAAGAGGUGCUUGUCGAAAUCAACAAGCUUCACAAGAAGCUUCAAGCUACUCCUGAGGUAGUUGAGAAACCCGGCGAUUCUUCAUUAUCGAGGCUGAAAAGUUUAUAUAUUCAAGCUAGAGAUCUUUCGGAAAGAGAAGUAACGAUUUCGAACUUGUUACUAAAUCAACUUGAUGCUUUCUUGCCAUCUGGACCUCCGGGACAACAACGAAGAAAGAUGGAUGGUAAUGAUCAGAAAAGGAAAAGAAUGAAGUCUGAUUCGGAUAUUUCUCGCCUUUCUCCUUCAAUGCGGAGUCAUAUCGAGGCAUGUGUUAGUCUCAAAGAUGAACAGGUAGCUGCAAGAGUCACCUCGGAUGCUGAGAAGGAUGAGUGGUUUGUUGUAAAAGUGAUAAAUUUUGACGAGAAAACAAAAGAAUUUGAAGUACUCGACGAGGAGCCGGGUGAUGAGGAAGAGGGCAGUGGCCAAAAGAAGUACAAGCUGCCUGCAUCUUGCAUUAUACCAUUCCCGAAGCGGAACGACCCGGCUAGUACUCCAGAAUUCCCUGCCGGGAGACAAGUUUUGGCCGUUUAUCCUGGAACAACCGCACUGUAUAAGGCAACUGUCAUCAGCACUCCUCGAAAGAGGAAAUCAGAUGAGUAUUUACUGGAAUUCGACGAUGACGAGGAAGAUGGAGCUUUGCCUCAGCGGACGGUACCGUUUCACAAGGUGGUUCAAUUGCCGGAAGGACAUCGGCAAUGAGAUUUUUGUAUAAAAAUGUGUAUAAUUUAGAGCUAUAUAGCUGGCGUUUAAACCUGUGAAUUUAAAUCCUGAUUUUUCACGUCAUAUUGGAUUAGUAAAUGAAAGAUUGUCACUGUUAUAUCUAUUAGUGAUUGUUAAUUCAGUUCAUUAUUUGUAAA